CGAACAAGCCAGGAAUGGUUAUUUGUGGAGAUCCACACUGCACUCCAGCUGCCUCUGAUGUGACAACAGACCCAAUUUAAAACUUUGCCAGAAGUUGUGCUCCAGGUCAACACAAAGCUGCUGGAUCCCAGUUUCGAUCCGUGUGGGUGGAUUUCUAUAGUUGGACUUGAUGAGCUUGAAGGUCUUUUCCCAGGGAACAGACUCUAUGAUUAUUCCGUAGCUCCGUGAUUUCGCUUUAUUAUUGGCUUGAAGAGCGCAGGGGUCCUCCCGACGCCCCCACGCCCGGCUCCAAGCCCACCGUGUCUGCUGUCCCAGUGCUGCCCAGACAGGUCCGCUCCGCUGCCGCUCUGCAAAGAUGUAUUUCUCCUCCCGUUAAAAACGCCGGGCGCGCUCGGAUCCCCUCGCAGCCGAUGCCGCACGGACUCUGUUUCACGUUACCGCAGCCAGCGUAGCCGCUGGGUCCCGGUCGGCGCCGGGGCACGGCAAUCCGGUAGCGCUGCCGAAUGACAGCGAUGCGGGGGGCGGUGCGGGCUAGCAGGGCAGCCCCCAUCCCCGCGCACGUCACUUGUUAUGUCUCCGCCGGCGGCCGGCGUUCCGCCGGGGCGGGGACAGCGGCGGGAGGGAGGCGGGGGGGUGGCGGCCCCGCGGCGCUGACAGGGCCCCGGCGCCUGCCCUGCCCUCCCCUCCCGCGGCAGCCCGGCCUCCAGCGCGGCUCUCCCCGGCCCGCGGCGGGCCGCCCCGGCGGGAAGAUGUGGGUGAAGCUGUGCUGCCUGCUGCUCUACUUCCUGGCGCUCUUCGUGCUGGCCAGGGUGUUUGAGGCCGUGGCGUGGUACGAGAGCGGCUUCCUCGCCACGCAGCUGGUGGACCCGGUGGCGCUGAGCUUCAGGAAGCUGCGGACCAUCCUGGAGUGCCGCGGCCUGGGGCACUCGGGGCUGCCCGAGAAGAAGGAUGUGCGGGAGCUGGUGGAGAAGUCAGGAGACCUCAUGGAAGGAGAGCUUUAUUCUGCGCUCAAGGAGGAAGAGGCUUCUGAAUCAGUUUCCAGUACCAACUUCAGUGGUGAAAUGCACUUCUAUGAGCUUGUAGAAGACACGAAAGAUGGAAUCUGGCUGGUACAGGUCAUAGCAAGUGACAGAAGCCCUCUGGUGGGUAAAGUCCACUGGGAGAAAAUGGUGAAGAAGGUCUCAAGGUUCGGCAUACGUACUGGCACUUUUAACUGCUCCAGUGACCCCAGAUACUGCAGGAGGAGAGGUUGGCUCAAGUCCACCCUCAUUAUGUCAGUUCCACAAACCAGUACCUCCAAGGGCAAGGUGAUGCUGAAGGAGUACAGCGGGCGCAGAGUGGAGGUGGAGCACAUCUUCAAGUGGAUCACAGCCCAUGCUGCUUCUCGCAUCAAAACCAUCUACAAUGCGGAGCACUUAAAGGAGGAGUGGAACAGGAGCGACCAGUACCGGGUGAAAAUCUACCUGUUUGCCAGCCUGGACCAGCCGCCUGCCUUCUUCUCCGCACUCAGCGUCAAGUUUACUGGAAGAGUGGAGUUCAUUUUUGUGAAUGUGGAGAACUGGGGCAACAAAAGUUACAUGGCAGAAAUUGGUGUCUACAAGACACCGUCCUACAUCCUCCAGACUCCUGAGGGGAUGUACAGGUACGGCAAUAACACAGGGGAGUUCAUCUCACUGCGUGCCAUGGACUCCUUCCUGCGCUCCUUGCAGCCAGAAGUCAACGAUUUGUUUGUUUUAAGCUUAGUUUUGGUCAACCUCAUGGCUUGGAUGGACCUGUUCAUCACGCAAGGCGCCACUAUAAAGCGGUUUGUGGUUCUCAUAAGCACUUUAGGGACGUACAAUUCACUGCUCAUUAUUUCCUGGCUGCCCGUCUUAGGGUUUUUGCAGCUACCCUACUUAGACAGCUUUUAUGAGUACAGUUUAAAACUCUUCAGGUACUCUAACACAACUACUUUGGCUUCUUGGGUGAGGGCCGAUUGGAUGUUCUACUCUUCACACCCAGCCCUCUUCCUCAGCACCUACCUUGGUCACGGUUUGCUCAUCGACUACUUCGAGAAGAAAAGACGACGCAACAGCAACGCGGACGAAGUGAACGCCAACAACCUGGAGUGGCUGUCGAGCCUGUGGGACUGGUACACCAGCUACUUGUUCCACCCUAUCGCUUCUUUCCAGCACUUCCCCUUUGACUCGGAUUGGGAUGAAGACCCAGACCUGUUCUUGGAGCGGUUGGCAUUCCCUGACCUCUGGCUUCACCCUCUGAUACCCACCGAUUACAUCAAAAACUUGCCCAUGUGGAGGUUUAAAUGCCUUGGUAUCCACUCAGAUGAGGAGAUGCUGGAAACCUUUCAAGACAGUGAAAGUGAUUCUGACAGUGAAAACAAAGAGGUGUUCAGCAGUGAAAAAGAAGGCUCUGAGGACGAUGAGCUGCUCAGGCCCCAGGGGUGCAGCGCUGCGAGCUGCUCGCCUGCCAGUCCACGCUGCCAGCGUGAGCUGUGUGGGCAUGGGGCGAGCUCCUGCGGCUCCCACGGCGCUGCAGGGGGCACAGAGCCAGACUGGUCGGCCUGGCCCUCGGAGAUGUUGCACUGUACAGAAUGUGUGGUGUGUCUAGAAAACUUCAGCAGCGGCUGCCUGCUGAUGGGCUUGCCCUGCGGCCACGUCUUCCACCAGAAUUGCAUCGUGCUGUGGCUGGCGGGGGGGAGGCACUGCUGCCCCGUCUGCAGGUGGCCUUCCUACAAGAAGAAGCAGGCGUACACGCAGCCGCAGCCGGCCUGGGGCCAGGUCCAGUCCUAGCUGUGCCUCCUGGCCUCCUGUGGGAGCUGCCAGGAUCCUCCUGCUUGCCUUGUCAAUGUUAGUCCCUCCAGAGAUUCCAUGGUUUGGAGUUUUAGUUGCAGUGUUAGUGCGGUGAGCUCAGCUGUGCCCAGCGCUCCUUCGGUUGCCUUGUCUGCUCAGCUCCACAUGCCUGCCCCACAAUGACUUUUUCUGUUCACCACCCAGAAACUCGCUGCUCUUUUGUUUCGUUUUCUUUUUGUAAGCACAAAAGCAAAGCCUGCAGCCAGAAACGUGUUCCAGCAAAGGCUUUCAAAGUAGGAGGGGGGCGAAGCCCAAAGUCUCAUCGCUGAAUCGAAGUGUCUCUUAGGUUGGAGCCUGCUCAGCACGGCUUGUUGAGUGGUGUAGGUGGUCAGAGAGUGCCCUUCCAAAGGAAAUCAGUGACAUAAAUUAUUUUAAAAGGACAUUUAUAAUGUUAAUUGUUUUGAUAACUAUUUUGUGUGUAUGGUUACAGAUGUCUUGCUGGUCUGAUUUAUCUGUGAAGACAAUAAAAAACAUAACACAA